AUGUAUGCUUUUGUUCGAUUCUUUGAAGAGGAUAUGUGCUACGCGUUGCCCGUGUCAAACGUGGAAGAUUUCCGACCUGUGCACAGAACAGAUUUUGAUGAUCAGAAGGUGUAUCUGGUUCAGAGAACAGGAGAGAAUGGCAGCGCAGGCCAGCCGUGCGAGGCGCACAUCCUCGCCCUUGCAGAUACAGUAGAAGAAUUUGACGAUAGUGUAAUGCAGAAGAAGAUGAAAAUGCCCAAGAUGUCCAUCAGGAAUUCAGGAAUCUCUAUUGAGAACAAUUUUGGAGAGGAGAGAAUGCCACUUAGGCAUAAAAAGCCCCUAUAUCAAGACCAUGGCCGCCCCCUCUCCAACUCCUCCAAGAGUCUGGCAGCAGUAGUGGCUCGCCUGGAGAGAAAUGCAGCCAGCUCAUGUAUAGAGGGGGAAGAUGACCUCGAUGAGGACCGGCUCGCUGAGGAGGGAGAGGAUGCAGAUGACGAAGAUGAAGAUAUGGAGGCAGAACAUCAACAUCAUCACCAGCACCAACAGCAUUUGGAGGUGGACACAGAUUGUGUAUCUGAGGCAGCUGCAGCUGUGGUUCCCAGAGUCCUGUACGAGGAGCUGGUUCAUAGUUACCGGCAACAGGAGGAGGAGAUGAGGAGGUUGCAGCAGGAGCUAGAGAGGACCCGCAGGCAGCUGGUACAGCAAGCCAAAAAGCUGAAGGAAUAUGGUAGCUUGCUGACCGAGGUCAAGGAACUGAGGGACUUCAACAGGCGGCUGCAAGAUGUACUUCUCAUGAGACUGGGAAGCGAGCCUAUGCAUGACAACGGUACUCAAACAAUCAAGGCUGAAGUGGUUGAGCCCAUUGCUGAAGCCCAGGAGAUGUGCAGAGAAGAAGCAAACACCAGUUCCAGCUACUCUCCUUCACCCAGAACAGUAUACACCUGCAACGAUGGGAAGGUCCACCUUGGUGGCGGAAUCUGGGUUGAGGAGGAGAAGUGGCACCAAUUGCAACGGACCCAGGGAGACUCCAAGUUUACAAAAAACCUGGCUGUCAUGAUCUGGGGCACAGAAACUCUGAAGAACCGUAGUGUCACUGGGGUGGCCACUAAAAAGAAGAAAGAUGCUCUGCCAAAGCCGCCAUUAUCACCCAGCAAGCUGAAAAUCGUCAGAGAGUGUCUCUACGACAGAGUGUCUCAGGAGACAGCCGACAGCGCAGAGAUCACACAGAGAUUAUCCAAAGUGAACAAAUACAUUUGUGAAAAAAUUAUGGACAUCAACAAGUCCAUCAAAAAUGAGGAGCGACGGGAGUCCAAGCUGCUGAUCAGACAGACAGUCAAGAUGGAGAACUUCACCUAUGAUGGCAUGUAG